AUGGAGUUCAACAUCGACUAUAUGGUGGACUUGAAAAAAACUCUCGAUGCCGGGGGAAACUGCGUGCUGGAGAUGCCUUCGGGCACAGGGAAGACCGUCACCCUGCUGUCUCUCAUCGUGGCAUAUCAGCAGUAUUAUCCUUCACACCGCAAGCUCAUAUACUGCUCUCGGACAAUGUCCGAGAUCGAAAAGGCGCUGGUCGAGCUGAAGGCUUUGAUGAAAUUCCGUACUGAACGGCUCGGGCACGAGGAGGAGUUCCGGGGCCUCGGCCUCACCAGUCGAAAGAAUCUCUGUCUGCACCCGUCUGUCAGACGGGAAAAGAGCGGUAACGUCGUCGAUGCACGGUGCCGCAGUCUCACGGCUGGUUUCGUCAAGGAGAAGAAAGAGAAGGGGGAGGAUGUCGAGGUUUGCGUCUACCACGACAUGCAAUACUGUAACGUCAUCAUCUACUCAUACCAUUAUCUCCUCGACCCUAAGAUUGCCGAGCGCGUCUCCAAGGACUUAUCCAAGGACUGUAUCGUGGUGUUUGACGAAGCCCACAAUAUCGAUAAUGUCUGUAUCGAGUCCCUAAGCACAGACAUCACCGAUGACUCGUUAAGGAGAGCUACGCGAGGUGCUCAAAACCUAGAAAACAAAAUCAAUGAGAUGAGGGACUCGGACAAGCAGAAGUUACAGGAUGAGUACGAGAAGCUUGUGGAGGGCCUCAGAGGCGCCGACGACGGACGCCAGGAAGACUCUUUUAUGGCGAAUCCUACUCUCCCCGAUGACUUACUGAAGGAGGCCGUGCCCGGCAAUAUCAGGAGGGCGGAGCACUUUGUAGCAUUCCUCAGGAGGUUCAUCGAAUACCUCAAGACGAGGAUGAAAGUCCGCCAGGUGAUAUCGGAAACACCCCCCUCCUUCCUAUCACAUCUCAAAGAGCACACCUUCAUCGAGAAGAAACCUCUGCGGUUUUGUGCGGAGCGGUUGACCUCGUUGGUGAGGACGCUCGAGCUCACAAACAUCGAGGAUUACCAACCACUACAAGAAGUCGCCACAUUCGCGACCCUGGUGGCCACCUACGAGAAGGGCUUCCUUCUGAUCCUAGAGCCGUUCGAGUCCGACACAGCAGAGGUGCCCAACCCGGUUCUUCACUUCACCUGCUUGGAUGCCGCCAUCGCCAUCAAGCCCGUGUUUGACCGCUUCAGCUCCGUUGUCAUAACCUCGGGAACCAUGUCACCGCUGGAGAUGUACCCCAAGAUGCUCGACUUCCCCACCGUCGUUCAGGAAUCGUACAGCAUGACGCUGGCGAGGCGAUCCUUCCUACCCAUGAUCGUCACUCGGGGAAGCGAUCAGGCGUCCAUAUCCACCAGCUUCCAGGUCCGCAACGAGCCCAGCGUGGUCCGGAACUACGGCAGCCUCCUGACCGAGUUCGCCAAGAUCACACCCGACGGCCUGGUCGUCUUCUUCCCCUCGUACCUCUACAUGGAGUCCAUCAUCAGCAUGUGGCAGGGCAUGGGCAUCCUCGACGAGGUCUGGAAAUACAAGCUCAUCCUCGUAGAGACACCGGACGCGCAGGAGACGUCGCUCGCGCUGGAGACGUACCGCACGGCGUGCUGCAACGGGCGGGGCGCGGUGCUGCUCUGCGUGGCGCGCGGCAAGGUCUCGGAGGGCAUCGACUUCGACCACCAGUACGGGCGCACGGUGCUGUGCAUCGGGGUGCCGUUCCAGUACACCGAGUCGCGGAUCCUCAAGGCGCGGCUCGAGUUCCUGCGCGAGACGUACCGCAUCCGCGAGAACGAUUUCCUCUCCUUCGACGCCAUGCGCCACGCCGCCCAGUGCCUGGGCCGCGUGCUCCGCGGCAAGGACGACUAUGGCCUCAUGGUGCUCGCCGACCGCCGCUUCCAGAAGAAGCGCGCCCAGCUGCCCAAGUGGAUCAACCAGGCCCUGCUCGACGCCGACGUCAACCUGAGCACCGACAUGGCCGUCAGCAGCGCCCGCCGCUUCCUGCGCACCAUGGCCCAGCCCUUCCGCGCCAAGGACCAGGAGGGCAUCAGCACCUGGAGCAUGGACGACCUGCCGUCAGCACCAGGAGAAGAUGGAACGAGGACCGCAUCCAAGGAGCUGGCAGGCGGAGCAGGAGCGGGAGCAGAACCCCGCGCUGGCCGCCCAGGUGGCGGCGCGGAACGGGCGCGAGAGCGAUUACGAGAUGGACGACGAUGA